AGUGACAGAGGACAUUCCCCCAUUGCUUGUGUGUCUCUCUGGCUGGCUCUGCUAUAUAAUCCUAUGAUCCUCAGUUCACCUUGGAAAACGCCAAAAUCAAAAGCCCUCCUAGACCGAGUCCUCCCAAUUAAGCGAGCACCACCACCAGCCACCAGCCACCAGCCAACAGCUAGCUUUUUAACUAAUUUUGCUUGCCAUGUCCCUCUCCCUUAGCUGCACAGUGCCAAAUCCGGAAUAUCAAAACGCACCUGCAGAGACUACCACCGUGGAAGGUCUACCAGAUCAAAUGUCUCAAACACCUCAUAGCAUGGCUGUCCUUGCCUACCCCAUACAAGUUAACAACUCAAAAUCUAAUUUCCUACAACACGCCUCGUAUCCUAUAACUUUGAAGUUUGAGGAGGUGGUGUACAAAGUGAAAUUGGAGCAGAAAGGAUUGAGCACAUGGGCCAGCAGCAGCAGCAGCAGCAGUAAUAGAAGUAACAGAGAAAAAAGCAUCCUGAAUGGGAUAACAGGCAUGGUUUGCCCCGGAGAGAUACUAGCGAUGUUAGGCCCAUCGGGGAGUGGGAAAACCACUCUUCUGACGGCCUUAGGUGGCCGUCUGAAUGGCAAGUUGUCCGGAAAGAUCACCUACAAUGGUCAGCCCUUCUCCGGUUGCAUCAAAAGAAGAACAGGAUUUGUUGCACAGGAUGACAUUUUGUACCCGCAUCUUACUGUUUUCGAGACUCUACUCUUCACUGCUCUGCUCAGACUACCCAAUAGCUUGAGCCGAGACGAGAAAGUGCAGCAUGUGGAGCACGUGAUCGGCGAGCUGGGGCUGUGUCGGUGCCGGAACAGUAUGAUCGGGGGUCCACUGUUUCGAGGAAUAUCAGGUGGGGAGAAGAAGAGGGUGAGUAUAGGCCAGGAAAUGCUAAUCAACCCAAGCUUACUGUUACUAGAUGAGCCCACCUCUGGCUUGGACUCCACCACAGCUCAAAGGAUUCUCUCCACACUCAAAAAGCUUGCCAGUGGGGGUCGAACUGUUGUUACUACCAUUCACCAGCCCUCCAGCCGACUCUACCACAUGUUUGAUAAAGUUGUCUUGCUCUCCGAUGGCUCUCCCAUCUAUAAUGGUCCUGCUUCUGCUGCCUUGGAUUACUUUUCCUCGCUCGGUUUUUCCACAUCCAUGACCAUCAAUCCAGCCGACCUCUUACUGGAUCUUGCCAAUGGGGUCGCCCCGGAUUCCAAGCAUGCAACUGAGCAAAAGGAGAACGUGGAGCAAGAGCAGAAGAUGGUGAGGGAAGCUCUCGUUUCUGCUUACGACAAAAACAUAUCAACGAGGUUGAAAGCUGAGCUUUGUAGUUUGGAUGCCAACACCUUCAAUUACACAAAAGGAUAUGGCCUAAAAUCAGAGCAAUGGUGCACUAGCUGGUGGCAUCAGUUCAAGGUGCUGCUUCAAAGAGGGCUGAGAGAGCGGAGGCAUGAAGCAUUUAACAGGUUAAGAAUUUUCCAAGUUAUAAGUGUGGCAGUUCUUGGUGGACUCCUAUGGUGGCACACCCCGACAUCUCACAUUGAAGACCGGGUUGCUUUGCUCUUCUUCUUCUCUGUGUUCUGGGGCUUCUACCCACUCUACAAUGCAGUGUUCACAUUUCCCCUGGAAAGAACAAUGUUGAUCAAGGAACGAUCAUCAGGAAUGUACCGCCUGUCUUCCUACUUCCUAGCCAGAACAGUUGGAGACCUUCCGCUAGAGCUUGCACUUCCAACUGCAUUUGUGAUUAUAAUCUAUUGGAUGGGGGGGCUUAAACCCGAUCCCUUCACUUUCAUUCUUUCCCUACUUGUUGUUCUUUACAAUGUCCUUGUCUCCCAAAGUCUUGGCUUAGCCAUUGGUGCCAUUCUCAUGGAUAUAAAACAAGCCACUACUUUGGCUUCAGUUACAACACUAGUGUUUCUCAUCGCCGGGGGAUACUAUGUUCAACAGAUUCCUUCCUUCAUUGUUUGGCUUAAGUAUUUAAGUUAUAGCUACUACUGCUACAAGCUUCUUCUUGGUGUUCAAUACGGGGAAGAUGAUUAUUACGAAUGCUCAAACGGUGUUUUGUGCAGGGUUGGAGAUUUUCCAGCCAUCAAAUCCAUGGGGCUCAACCAUUUGUGGAUAGAUGUGUCCAUUUUGGCCCUUAUGUUGGUAGGUUAUCGGUUGGUUGCUUAUCUAGCGCUUCACCGAGUGCAGUUGAGGUAAACUACGCAUAUAUAUUCAUCACCAGAAGCAUCAAUAUCCCUCACACAGUUUGAAGAGUUUUCUCUCCUUCUUCAACUGAUCAAGCAUGCAAUAAUAAUGUAAUUAGAUAUAUGUAGAAGAUGAAUAUCAUGAUCAAGUAGUGGAAAAAAUUUUGAUAAUAUUCUUGAUCCCUUUAAUUAGUUGCGUUGGAUUGAUGUAUCAUCAGCAGCAGUGAUUUUGUUUUUAGUUUCCGUAACAUAUCUUGACACCCACAUACACAUAUAUGUAUAGUACUAAUUAGAACUAUAACUCCAUCGGAAUUAUAUAAGCUUUAAAGCUAACUAGCUUUAUGCUAGAAUA